UAUACAAGAUGGCUUCAUACAGUAAAACAAAGGACCCAAUAAGGCGAUGUCCAAUAAAGCGACCUCCAAUACUAAAGCAUCUUCAAAAUAUAAUGAGAGAAUACCCAGAAGAUAUUCAAAUUCUCCAUGAGCUCGUACAGAAUGCAGAAGAUGCUAAAGCGACAGUGAUGAAGAUCAUGUAUGACCAACGUCAUAUAAAUCCACCGGGCGCAAUAGGACAGUUCUUAAAGUCACCUGCUCUAUGUAUAUAUAAUGAUGGUGUGUUUGAUGAAGAUGAUUGGGAUGGAAUUAAAAGUGUUUGCCUCAGUCAUAAAGAGGAAAAAACCGACAAAAUUGGACGAUUUGGACAGGGAUUUAAAUCUGUUUUCCACCUUGCAGAUACCCCCGUAGUUGUCAGUGGAGACACUAUGUUGAUCAUCAAUCCUUUAGAUGUCGACAGAGAAUGUGGUACGGUAUUCUUAUACGAGAUUGAACACAUCAGUAAGACUGGGAUAUUUAAAUCGUUUGAUUUUGAUGAAAAUGCUAUCAGAAAUAAUUGUUACCCCGCAACUCUAUUCUGGUUUCCGUUAAGAUCACAAGAAAGUGAGUUAUCGAACAAUAUUUGUACGGACGUGAAAAUGAAACACCUUUUGUCACUGUUUGAAGAAGAUGCAGCUAUUGUGUUACUUUUUAUGAAUACCUCAGCAGAAUUGAAAUACAUAAUCCUACACAGUUAUCGGAUCCUGUCAUACAUAUCCAAAUAUGUUUUGCAAAAAAUAAAAGAUCUGAUUUACAAUCGUUCUGGAGAAGUAUGGCAAGGAGUUCAGAAACUGAAGACAAAAAGAAUGAAACAUUUUCCAUCGUUAUUGACGCCGAAACACAAAUAUCGUCAACUUCAUUUCUUGAAAUAGAUAAUUGGACUAUAUGCCACUAUCAUGCUAGUCUUUCUGAUAUGUCAGUUGAAUUAGGGACACUGGCAAGUGACAAAGAAGUUGCGUGUCUCCCUUAUGUUGGUGUGGCAUAUAAGAAAUCGUCGACAGCUUGUCAUACAGGCCGAGUUUUUAACUUUCUGCCGUUGCCAGCUUCCUGCAAAACUUAUCUUCCUGUUCACGUAAAUGGAAACUUUGCUUUAAGUCAGAAUCGCAGACAUUUGAAAUUAUCCGACGGACGAUCUGCCGAUAAAUUCAUAAAAUGGAACAAAGGUUUAAUUGAAGAAGUGUUGUCCGAAUCGUACAUGACUUUGGUGGAUCAUCUCAUUGAAAAUAGCCAUAAAAAUAAAAAUACAGAUGAACUAAUUAAUGACGUUUAUAAGUGCUUACCCAAUUUGGACAUA